CGCGUAAACCGACACUCCCCUUGAACACAUGCACCAGCGCACUGACAGUCUGACCAGUGUCGUCCAGCCGCCUGAAGCACAGCGCCCGCUGUUUGCAUGUGUUCACCCCCCCUUGGACUUGGUGGGAGGGGGGAGAAGUUUACCCAAAGACCAGCCUGGAUCACUGAGAGAGACGAUGCCUUUUUCCUCCACACCGGUCUCACGAUUCUUCAGUGGAUUUGCUGAUUCCCACAAUUAACCUUGCAAGUUAUUCAUCGGGAGUGGGGCGAGAUUUCGAGCCAGAGGAUGCUCCCACAGGUCAUUCGGAUACUGUAUGUCUUGUCUUUCUGCUUUUUCCAAGGAGUCUUUAUCAGACUGAGCUCCUGUAAGGAGGAGAUAAAGCACCCCAGCAGACAAGAGCUUUCACCUUCUGACUUCCUGGACAAACUCAUGGGGAAAACAUCAGGAUAUGAUGCACGGAUCAGACCCAACUUCAAAGGUCCGCCUGUGAACGUCACCUGUAAUAUUUUUAUCAACAGCUUUGGUUCAAUCACAGAAACGACCAUGGACUACAGGCUCAAUGUAUUUCUACGGCAAAAAUGGAAUGACCCUCGUCUGGCAUACAGCGAAUACCCCGAUGACUCCCUUGAUCUGGAUCCAUCCAUGUUGGACUCUAUCUGGAAACCUGAUUUAUUCUUCGCAAACGAGAAAGGAGCCAAUUUCCAUGAGGUCACUACUGAUAACAAGCUGCUACGGAUUUUCCAAGAUGGCAGCGUUCUUUACAGUAUCAGGCUGACUCUUACCCUGUCUUGCCCUAUGGAUUUGAAGAAUUUCCCAAUGGACAUUCAGACCUGUACCAUGCAGCUUGAAAGCUUUGGUUACACGAUGAAUGACUUAAUCUUUGAGUGGCUGUCUGAGAACCCCGUUCAGGUGGCCGAUGAUCUCACCCUCCCUCAGUUUGUGCUAAAAGAAGAGAAGGAUUUGGGCUACUGCACUAAGCACUACAACACAGGUCAGUUCACCUGCAUUGAGGUGAAGUUCCACCUGGAACGUCAGAUGGGUUACUACUUAAUCCAGAUGUACAUCCCUUCCCUUCUCAUUGUUAUCCUCUCAUGGGUCUCUUUCUGGAUAAACAUGGAUGCUGCACCAGCCAGAGUUGGUCUGGGCAUCACCACAGUACUUACAAUGACCACACAGAGCUCCGGCUCAAGAGCCUCUUUGCCCAAGGUGUCUUAUGUGAAGGCCAUUGACAUCUGGAUGGCAGUGUGCCUUUUGUUUGUGUUUGCUGCCCUUCUGGAGUAUGCAGCAGUUAACUUCGUCUCAAGGCAACACAAGGAGUUCAUCAGGCUGAGGAAAAAGCAGCGGCAGCAGAGAAUAGUAUCUGCUAGUCAGCCUGGGAGCGUUGAGUCGUUGCGAAAAGCCAGUGACAUCCCUGGUAACAACUCAACCUACAGGAGUCUCAAUCAGCACUGCAGCGCUUGCGCCAGGGAGGAGGAACUGGUGAGGGAGAGCCGCGGUUUUUACUUCCGGGGUUAUGGCCUGGGUCACUGCCUGCAGACCAAGGAUGGCACUGCUGUGGAAGGAGCCAGCGUGUUCACCCCACCACCACCUCCAAUUACCAUGUUUGAUGGAGAAGUGCUUCACAAGCGUUUCGUGGACCGAGCCAAACGAAUUGACACCAUAUCCAGAGCCGUUUUCCCCCUGAGCUUUCUCAUAUUUAACAUCUUCUACUGGGUCACCUAUAAAGUGCUGCGACAUGAAGACAUCCAUGCAAAUUUGUAAAACACUCUGCCAGUCUGGGAUGUUGUUGUUUGUUUGUUUGUUUGUUUUCUCGAAACCAAAACUGCCUGUCAAUCUACAUUACAGUGAGGAACCGUGUCAAAAGGCACAUCUGCUUCUCAGAACCACUGCUAAAAAUAAAAAUGUUGUGCUCAGGUGCAUCUUCAGGAUCUUGGACAUAGAGCAGUCGAGAGAAACUAGAUUAUGCUGCGUGGUUUCUGGCUGUUGUGUGCAUUUCCGUCUUGGAUUGAUUUGCCUGGAUUACAGCAGAGACGAGACACUAACGGUACUUUUGGGUUCAUGACCUUUGCUUCAAAAGAUGGAUAAAUGAUUUCAGCGAAGUUGGUCCUGGCUGAACAAGACAUUCUGACUUGAAUUUUGACACUACCCAGCUUUGAAUGAAUGUUUUUGAAAAUAUUUUUUUUAAACAACUUUAACAAAUGGGUGCAAACAGUACGGGCGGGGAGGGGAAGGGGGUCUUUGAUAUUUCUGACUAUUCAGUACGUGAUGAUCAUUCAGUUUAAGUAUCUGUAACAAGAGAUUAUAUAUAAUGGUGUAUAAAAGUGUAUAUAACAAAGCUGUUCAUUAUACUGCACAAAGCACAAAUAUGUAUUUCCUUUUGUCUAAAUUUAAAUAAA